AUCACGAUGGUGGGAGACGCUCUCGAUGGUGGGGGCAGAUAGGGACCUCUCACCAUUGGAUAUCUGAGUUUUCGCUUUAGUGUUCCGUUCCAGCGUUCGUUGUGUACGGGCUUGAAUUGAAUCUUUACGAGUGGAGCUUUACGCGUGUUUUACGAGUGUGCUGUUAAACUAUAUUUUAAUUUUUAUUACUCGAAUUUGGUGCAUUUUUUUUUUUUGUUUUAUUCGACGCCUCGUGCGGAUUAUGCUAUGUGAUGAUUGAUAAGAUAAAUGCCUUAGCCUACGAGCAUACAGGUUGGCGCUGAAGAUGAAGGUGCUCCUGUUGGCUGUGAUGGUCCUGUUGGUGACAGCAGCAGAUGGCAUCGAACCCUCACAAUGUAUUGCGCCGAUGGGCAUGGAAACGGGCGCCAUCAAGGACGAGGAUAUCACCGCCAGCUCCUCGUUCGAACACGGAAAUGUUGGACCUCAUCACGGAAGGCUAAGAAACGAGCUGGACGGUGGUGCGUGGUGUCCGCAAAGCGCAGCCACUCCGGACCUGAAGGAAUGGAUUCAGAUCGAUCUGCACACCGUUCACAUGAUAACGGCGACAGAAACGCAAGGUCGGUUUGGGAACGGUAAGGGCAUGGAGUUCGCGGAGGCAUACGUUUUGGAAUAUUGGCGGCCUCGCCUUCUGAACAAAUGGAUCCGCUAUCGUAAUCGCACCGGUGCGGAAGUCCUGAAAGGCAACAUAAACACGUACCUCGAGUCGAAGACCGUGCUCGAUCCGCCCAUAUGGGCGAGUAAAAUUAAGUUUCUGCCGCUCAGUCACCACGAGCGGACCGUUUGUAUGCGCGUCGAGAUCUACGGAUGUCGAUGGACUGAUGGCAUCGUGAGUUAUUCGAUGCCGCAAGGUGAUAAGAGGGGAACGAGCUGGGAGUUCUACGACACUUCGUACGACGGGCACUGGGACGGCGAGAAGCUCCAGUACGGUCUAGGGCAACUCACCGACGGAAGGGUCGCCCCCGACGACUUCAAGGCGACGUUCUAUCAGACGAACUCGCAGCAGGGAUGGGUGGGCUGGAAGAACGACACCCGCAAGAACAAGCCGAUCGAAAUAGUUUUCGAGUUCGAUAAGGUGCGCGAGUUUACGGCGGUGCAUAUUUACAGCAACAACCAAUUCACUAAAGACGUUCAAGUGUUUUCGCAAGCGAGAGUGCUGUUUAGCGUGGGCGGAAAGCGCUACAAAGGUGAGCCCAUCACGUUUGAUUACAUCGAAGAUCGCAUUUGGGAGACUCCACGCAACGUUUCGAUUAGGCUCCACCAUCGCGUGGGGAGAUUUGUUAAAGUACAGUUGCAGUUCGCUGCUAGAUGGCUGAUGAUUAGCGAAGUAACUUUCGAUUCGUCCGUCGUUAACGGCAAUUUCACGGAAGAAGAGGAAGAAGAGCAAGAAGAACAAUCGUCGCAGAAGGACGAGAUCGCCGCCGCGGGAGCGGACAAUAAAAACGUCGUAAGUGCCGUGAACACCCCGUCAGGACUGGGACAAUACCUCGGCGUGAUAGUCGGAGUAUUAUCAGUGCUCGUAGUGUUAAUGGUGGCGGUAGUAGUUUUCGUUGUAAUACAACAAAGAAGAUAUAAAUCAUCGCCGCGGCCGUCUCAAGUGCCAGGCGGCUGCGAUAAGGCAGCACUCUAUCGCGAGCCGAGUAUGGGAAGACUUCCGGGUAGUUCCGAUUAUGCAGACGUUCGCGACCCCGAAUAUGCUGUGCCCUUACAACCUCCACAAACUCCCCGCGCACCGCCGCCCCUGCACAACUUCCUUCCGAAACCGCCUCCGGUUCCGCCACCCCCUGAGCGUUACUACGCGGCCACAGAAAUAUGCAACUCUGGCUUUGUGCCACCGCCACCUCCUUUGUCUACGCCGCCGCCGGUUAGGCUCAGCAGACAACCUAGAUAUGUUUCAAAUACCAGAACAUAUGUUGGACCUUAAACUGUGAUAAAUCAUCCUUAAAACGGCGCCAUUAAUGUUGCCGUUACUUUUUGGCUCCUCGCCAUGAUUUGCCAAGGCUGAAGACUACCAAAUAUGCUUAUUAAUUCGUCGCUUUUAUAAUAAGACAAUCCACUAUCGUACCAUGUGCUAUCUGUGUUGUACAUAGAAAACCCUAUUUUAAAUUAUCAGAAAUUGUUUAUACCUUUGUACAUAUUCGUGAUAAAUGUAAAUAAAUAGCGUAUACGUA